UGUGUUCUGUAAGUUUUACAUAGACACCGUGUUUAUCAAGUUUGUUACGAUAUAUAGCAAAAAUAUAUUUGAGUAUAUUGCUUUUGUUAGACUCUUAAACGAGUCUGAAAUGAAGCGACCCAACUGUGUACGAGUUACUAAAUAAACAAAAUAGCGUGUGCAAGUGGGUCAAGGUCGUUGCUGAGUGAGGGAAGUGGAAAACUGAUCUAGAUUACUCCGGAAUUCUUGUUUCGUGAAGAAAGAAGUAGAAAACUCUAAAGAACACCCAACACUGUGAGAAAAAAAGUUCCAGGGAAUAAUAUUUUUCUGUAGUUCAACGAGAAAUCCAUUGACUGUUGUUGUAGAAAAUAUUUUUCAUGAUGGAAAUUUCCGAUAGCGGGGGAGAAGUUAGAAUGUAUGACGACCCCAAGAAAAUUGUCCCUCCUCAGAAUCUCGAUGAAUUAAUUAAAGAACUGCAUAAAGUGUUUGCCAGUGACAAUGUUAAUGUGGAAUACGUGACUGAAUUAAUGGCUUCGUACAAGAGUAAUCCAAAAGACUGGAAGAAAUUUGCAAUUUUUGAUUUGCAUAGGUACACAAGGAAUUUGGUGGAUUCAGGAAACGGAAAAUUUAACCUGAUGGUUCUCUGUUGGAACACUUCCCAGGGUUCUUCAAUCCAUGAUCACGCAAACGCUCACUGUUUUAUGAAGGUAUUAGAUGGGAAUGCUCAGGAGGAGCUAUUUGAUUGGCCGUCGGAGGGCGAGGAUAUGGCCAGCAUGUCAUCGAAAGGAAAGAAUCUGUAUAAACGAGACCAGGUGGCAUACAUCAGUGAUGACAUAGGGCUCCAUCGCGUAGAAAACCCGAGCCAUUCCGACACUGCUGUCACGCUUCACUUGUAUUCUCCACCCUUCAGCGAGUGUCGGAGUUUUGAUGAGAGGACAGGAAACGCCAACAAAGUACAGGUCACCUUCUGGAGUCAGUAUGGAAAAAGGACCCCUUGUGCUAAAUUACCAAGUUCCUGUGUGCCUGAGAACAAUUAAACCUCCUCGCAUUGAAGAACUCCAAAGGGGUAACAAUCCAUGUUCUGCUCCAAAAUAACCUUGUGUGGUUUAUUUAGAGCCAUAUUAUUUUCCUUUGAAAAAGGAAUUGCGGUUUAAUUUGCCCAAAAUUAUUGCAUUUAUUCAAGAUAUGAUAAAAUUGCAUAAUGGUUCCCGUGAAAAUAACUUUAAUGUAUUAGCGUUACAUGUAUAAAUUGUACACAUGUAUAAAAUGUACAAACACAAUCCAUGAUUUGUCGUAUAGGUAUGCACUUUUUUUUACAAGAAUGUACAUUAUUUAUGUAUACAGAAAAUAUUGUAUUUAAACAGCACCAAGUCUCUAUUUUUCGAGUGAUUUGUUUAGCCAAUUUUUCUAUGAUUUUUAUCAUUCGAUGGAGUUGAUCCAAGUAAAUAUUUUGUUAUUUAUGUCGUAUGUUAAUUUUUUUCUUCAAGAGGCAUGAUCUUUGGCCUUUUCAUAAAAUUACACAACUUAACAUAAAUUUUCAACUCUUUGGCAUUUUUAAGUUGACAGUCAAGAAAAACUAGGCAACAGAAUUUUUGGAGUAAAAGAUGUAAAAACAAUAAAAUGCAUUUUUAAUUAUACAUGUAGUCUUUUUAAAAAAAUUUAAGGGAGGUGGGGGGGGGGGGCUAAGUUACAUUAUAUGCAUAUGGUAGAUAGAGCAUUAAAAGAUCAUUGUUGAAUUUUGUUUUUUUACCAUGUUUACACUUUGAAGGUAAUAUCCUCUGCAUUCAUUACCCGGUUAUUAAUUGUUAAAUGAUUAACAUUGGUGUAUGUGUAUUUCUUAAUACCAACUUUAUUACAUGUAUGCAUAUUUUCAAUACCAGUACAUUGCUGUUAUCAUUUUUUUUCCCUCAAUUUGUUAUUUAUUUUUUUUCUAAAUAUUCAAUGUAUCUGUUAUUUUGACCUUGUCAACAAUAAGAAUAAAAGCAAAGGGGGAAAUAUUCAAGAAAACCCAAAGAAAGUUUAUAUAAAUGCUACUGUACCUUAAGUUUGACCAGCCCUCUUCUUGUGAUG